AUGCCCAGUCACUCCCGCAGCGGGGACCGCUAUGGCGGUCGCGAGCGCGAUUCGCAAUCCAUACGUCGGAAGUAUCGCGAGGACGACUACGACGAAGACUUCGAUUACGAUCCGCGUGAUCGCCGAUACAGACGCGAAGGGUGUCGUCGGUCUCGAGGCGAUUCGCAAGGUUACGAGUCCCAUGACUACGGUGAACACGAUGUCGACGAGGUCAAUGAAUAUGACAUGGCCCCGGAGGAUCCUGCAGUGCCUCUGAGACGACCACGGAGCGAAAGCAGACGCAAGGAGAGAGAGAGAACCACCGAGUCACCCUCGGCAUCUCGGCUAAAAAGGGAUCGGGAGCGACGCAGACGACAGGCGGCCCACGACGAUGAUGAUGGGAGGGCAGUACAGGAAAACAGAGAUCGAAAACAUCGCACGAGGGAUGGUCAACGGGAGCGACAUCGCGAAUUGGAUAGAGAGACGCGGAGACAUGGACGGAGGGAGAGACGGCGCGGGGCAGCAGCGAACAAGCACCAAAGUAACGAGUCCGGUAGUAGUGCGUCUCAUUUGUUGAGCGCGGAUGCGCUGGCGAAACUCAGCUCGCAGUAUGACGAGGAAGACCGCUUGGAAGGAACUCACGCGAAGGGUGAGUUUCGAGCAGAGAAGAAACGGCGACGCAAACGACCUGUGAUGGAAGGGGACCCGAAAAUGCUGGACUCAUUUCCAAAAGAGACGCCCAGGGGACAAUCAAAAGGUCGAAUUGUCUCCGGUGCAUAUUUGGAAGAGGGCAGAAGUCCCGAAAUGCAGUUUCGGUACCGCGGUGGUGGCAGUGGUGAUCCACCAACAGGGACAAGAUGGCAGAAGGAAGAUAACUGGAACGGUAGCUUGGGCGGCUCUUUCGAGGAUCAAUCGUCGCGCACGCGGAAGAAAUGGAUAUGGAUCGCCAUUGGAGUUCUAGUAAUACUUCUAGUGAUUAUCAUCCCUGUGGCAGUUGUUGUGUCGAAGAAGCACGACAAGAAGUCGGAAUCGACAGGUACAGGAAAGGACGAUAAUAAUGAUGGACCUCCUAAUUCUAAUCUCGAUGGCCUAAGCCGCGACAGUAUCCCAGAAUAUGCCAGGGACACAGUAUUGGACCCGUGGACAUGGUACGACACAACAGACUUCAAUGUAACUUUUACGAAUGAAACAGUCGGUGGCCUUCCCAUCAUGGGACUAAAUUCAACAUGGGACGAUUCGACGAGCCCAAACGAACACGUACCCCCGCUGAACAAGCCAUUCCCGUAUGGCUCGCAACCGAUACGUGGUGUGAACCUGGGGGGCUGGCUCUCAAUCGAACCAUUUAUUGUUCCUUCAUUUUUCGAUGCAUACUCAACUCGGGACGGGAUCAUUGACGAAUACACUUUGGCCAAGCAGCUUGGGGACUCGGCGGCUUCUAGGCUGGAGAAGCACUAUGCCAAAUUCAUAACAGAGCAAGAUUUCGCAGACAUUAGGGAUGCAGGACUCGACCAUGUUCGAAUCCAAUAUUCAUAUUGGGCAGUUGAGACAUACGAUGGUGACCCUUACGUGGCGAAGAUUUCAUGGAGGUAUCUUUUGCGAGCGAUCGAAUACUGCCGAAAGUAUGGGCUCCGCGUCAACCUCGAUCCACAUGGGAUCCCCGGGAGCCAGAAUGGGUGGAAUCAUAGUGGUCGUGAAGGCUCCAUCAACUGGUUGAAUGGAACAGAUGGCGACCUGAAUAGAAAACGGUCUCUCGAAUUUCAUGACAAAGUGUCCAAGUUCUUUGCACAAGACAGAUAUAAGAAUGUUGUCGCCAUCUAUGGCCUCGUCAACGAACCACUUAUGCUUCAAUUGCCGAUCGAGGAUGUUCUCGACUGGACGACCGAGGCCACUAAGAUGGUGCAAAGGAACGGGGUCAAGGCUUUCAUCGCCGUUCACGAUGGCUUCCUGAACCUGAGCAAGUGGAAGAAGAUGCUGAAAAAUCGUCCCGACCGCAUGAUGCUGGAUACCCACCAAUAUACGAUCUUCAACACCGGUCAGAUCGUCCUCAAGCACAAAGACCGGGUCAAGCUGAUCUGCAAUGAUUGGUACAACAUGAUUCAAGACAUCAAUAACACAAAUACAGGCUGGGGCCCGACGAUCUGCGGCGAAUGGUCCCAGGCCGACACCGACUGUACCAAAUACCUCAACAACGUAGGUCGUGGCACCCGCUGGGAAGGCACCUUCUCCCGCACCGACUCAACUGCCUACUGUCCCUCAGCAGACAGCGGCCCCUCCUGUUCCUGCUCCUCCGCCAACGCCGACCCCUCCGCCUACUCCGACGAGUACAAAAAGUUCCUCUUAACGUACGCAGAAGCCCAAAUGUCCGCCUUCGAGACCGCGCAGGGCUGGUUCUACUGGACCUGGGCGACCGAAUCCGCCGCGCAAUGGAGCUACAGGACCGCGUGGAAGAAUGGCUUUAUGCCCAAGAAGGCGUAUGCGCCUGCUUUUAAGUGCGGUGACGAUAUCCCUGAUUUUGGCAACUUGGCUGAAAAUUACUGA